AUGUUAGGUCGACCAUCAAUUUUGCAGUCCAGGACUGGAAGUUUCAGGCCAGAAAAUUUGGGUCAAAAUGCAAUGGCAAUGAUAGGGAACCUUUGUUUCACUAUAUUUGUACUUGGGGUUUUGAUUUUCACUAUAAUUGUUGUAACUUAUCAACCUGAAGACCCUUUAUUCCACCCUUCAACAAAAAUGACUAAUUUCCUUACUUCCAAAUCUAAUGCUACAUUUAAAGCUGAUGAUACUGUAGUGAGGACUGGUGAGGACUUUCUUGUUGCUAAUCACAUCGCGUUUUUGACCUUUAUAAACCUCACUGAUGUUGAUGUUCCAACCGCUAAUGUUGUACUUGUGUCUGACGAUAAUUUGGACUGUCGUGGCAAGAUUGAUGAUCCCAUUGAUUGCACGGAUCCGGAUGUGUUUCAUUUGUUGAUGAGGGCUGCUAUUGAGAAGUUUAAGGACAUACAUUUUUACCGGUUUGCGAAGCCAGUUCGAGGGUCGAACUAUAGUUCCUGCCACAUGGCGUGGCGGUUUAGGCCUAAGGAAGGGAAGACUGCUUCCCUUUAUAAGGAUUACCGGUCUUUUGUGGUUUCUAGGUUGGAGAACUGCACGCUUGAUGUGGUCAGUAUAGGUGAUUAUCAUUCUGGUGGAAAUGCUCGCAAGAGGAAGAGAAAGAACAGAAAUCGGGGGAAGAAUGAUGAGGGUUUUCUGAAGGUCAUUACUGAACCAAAUCUUUACUCUGAUAACAUUGUGAAUGGCAGUACUUAUGCAUUUCCAACAAUUUGUGGAUUUUUUUGGUUUACAAUUUAG